UCUACGUCACCGUUACAAAUGGCGGACGUUGUAAACAAGGCAGAGGAAUACAAGUUUUAGUUAGCUAGAUGUUUACCACAAAAUGAAUAGCAUAGACUGCGAGCGUUUGGACAGCUUGGACGGCUGGGUCGCCAUCAAAACGAACAUAUUCGAAGAAAACGAGACGUUCAAGCUCGGUUUUAUCGUGCAGUGGAAUGUUAUCGAGUCCAAGUUCGCGGUCACCUGUCACAACAGAACUCUCCAGCGACAGAAGCGCAAAGACCAGCUUGCUAUCUGCGAAACCGAAACCAGCUGGGCCGGACUCUUCUCUGUUAACGAUUUAAAAAAUGUCCACCGUCAGUUUACAGGGGUCGGGGAUGUCGUCGCACCCUAUUUCCCCGACCUGUCGGACUUCAAGGAGGGUAACAUUUGGGACAUGAUCUUUCUCAGCAGCAAUCGGACGUUCAACCAAGAUGAUCAAGAGAGAGAUCUAGAUACACCUUGCCGUCAGCUGGAGAAAUACUUCAGCACUGCGAUAGAUGUCUGUGGCAGGAAGAUAGUGCUGGACUCGCUUUUCCCGCAGGACGAGCGAGAUGUCGAGGAGUACUUUGAGAACAUGCAGGAGUUCAAGAGGAAAACGAUGCAGGAUGAAGUCACCAGGGCUAAGGAUCACCUUAGAAAGAUCCUCCAGAGUCACAGAGGUGCAGACAGAAUGAUCCUACUGCUACAGAUCUACCACGAGGAGGACCUAGCCUACCAGGACCUGGUCACCGUAGCAACCACCUUCUACCAGUACCUGCUGCAACCCUUCAGAGACAUGAGAGAACUGGCAGGACUCUACAAGAUGGAGAUACUGAAGUCUCUGGAUGAGGAGGAGCUGGGUCCUAAGAGGAUAGCAGCACUGGAGAGAGAGGCGGAGGAGUGGAGGAGGAGAGGAGAGGAUGCAGUCUCCUCCAUACAGGACAUCACAGUCAGCUACUUCAUAGAAACUUCUAAAGCCCUUGGAGGUAUGCUGCGUGUGAUGGAGGAGGAUAAGCGUGGUUUUGGCCAGGCCUCCUGGGCCUCAGCAGCUCCUAGACUGGAGAAGCUGCGUUUCCUGCUGGCUAAAGAGACCCUGCAACACAUGAGAGCUACUGAGAUGUGUCUACACCGCAAGAAACACACCAUCAGAAAGAAGAUGGGAGGUCUGUCUGGCCGGGACCAGAGGGGACCAGAGACAGUCGAUAACCUAGAGCUUCAGUACUAUGAGGCUCAGCUAGAACUCUACGAUGCCAAGUUUGAGAUCCUCAAGAACGAAGAGCUUCUAUUGGUUGCUCAGAUCGACACCCUGCGACGCCAGAUCAAAGAGCUGAAGGAGGAGGUGGUGUAUUAUGAUGUGUUUGAGGAUCCAGAGGAGUUCCACAGCCUAUCACAGACAGCUGCACCUUUAGACCCCGUCCACUCACCUGUCAAUCACCUGGGGCGACGCCUACAGCAGCUGGAAGCCAAGAGAGGGAACAUCAGUGCACGACGCGCAUACCUCCGCAACAAGAAGGAUCAGUGUGUGGAGGCUAACGAGCAGAAGCACCGUGCGGCCCAGCACAGCUCCACUCACUUUACCCAGCACCACGGAGUAGCCCUGUCUUGUCUUAUUUCCCUGCAGAAGAGAGAGAAGAGGAGAGAGGAGGAAGAGAGGAGGAAGGUGUGGAUGGACCAGGAGAGAGAGAGAACCCUGAGCAGACUACGCUCCUUCAGAGAGAAACGACAGGGAAGUUACGUCCUGAAGACUCCACGAUCCAAGAUGGCUGCCAGGGAGCCGCAGUGUUCCGACCUCUCCCAGCCUCUGUCAAUCAUUAGCGUCGGCCCCUCCCCUUCAUCUAAUGGCGCCGCCCCCAGAAAGACCCCCAGGAAACUCAAACCUAAAGACAUCCCCGUCCAAAUCUUCACUCCUCCUCUCCCUUCUCCUUCGCCUCUGUCAACUACACCUCCCACUACAGCUGUACCCCCACCUCAGACCUCCUCUCCUCCUCCCCCUCCUCCUCCUCCUCCCCUACCCCCACCUCCUCCCCCUCCACCCCUCCCUGCCCUCACCCCCUCCUCCUGUAAGACAGAGGUAGGGGACUCCCCCAUGCCUCUCAGUGAGAGAGAGGCCGCUCCCUUCCCUGCCAAAACGACCCUGAAACAGAACCUAGGUUCUAUGGACGAGGUGUUAGCAUCAUUACAGCGUGGUCAGGUCAGGCUGCGUCGUGUCCAGCCCCCUCCUGGUCCCGGCCUGGCGCCCUCCGGUGGUGACCUCAGGGAUAACAUAAUGUCUGCCAUCAGACUCGGGGUCAAACUACGCAAGGUGGUCCCAGCGGUGCCCCUGCCCCAGGACAGUAGGGACACAGAUCUACAGAAGAGCAUCAAGGCAGCCAUGCAGAGGAUGAAGAAGGUCUCCUCCGACUCGGAUGAUGAAGAUGAGGAGAGAGGAGAGGACAACACGCCCUCCGCUGAGUGGGACAGCUGAGAGAGGAGACGUAUCCACGGAGACAGACAGACACUCGGGACGCGCAUGGACACAUCCAUAAAACCUACGUAUAGGCACACACACACACACACACACAGACACACACAGACACACACAGACACACACAGACACACACAGACACACACACACACACACACACACACACACACACACACACACCACACACCACACAAAACAUUGACUAAUCAAUAGGUUAACCACGUUGCCAAUGGUUUAGUUGUGUGAUUUAUGCAGGUUUUCUGUUUUGAUGUAAGACGUGACCCAUAGAGAAGAGAUGGUUUCUCAAACACCCUGAAGAGGUUUAACUAAAGCACUGUGCCCACAUAUCCUCCACCUGUUACCAGGGUUCAAGGCUACGGCCUCCUUUUCACUCAGCUUUGAAACUAGCUGUUAUCUUGCUAAAAAAAAAGCUCCCACCGAUUCCAGAUAUUUCAUGAAUUCUUGUUUGUACGCUUGUCUAGUCUUCCGUUUGCAAACUAGCCUGAGGACUUGACAUUGAAGUAUUGUCCAGCUGCUUUACAGAGAGAGAGAGAGUGGCAGAUCUAGGAUGAAAUAGAUUCUGUGUCUAUGGUUGCAGGCCCAUGUAGCGUGGUCAAAUCAAGUCUUAUUUGUCAUAUGUCGCCGAAUACAACAGGUGUAGACCUUUUACCGUGUAAUGCUUACUGUAACUGUGUCAGGAUAUUCAGUUUGUCUUCGUAUUACACUACGUCUUCCUACUAUAUCUCCCCUGAGGGUUUUGUCUAGUGCCAGUUGGAACUGGUGUCAGCCCUGCAUAGCAUAACUGACAAACUAUUGAAGGUGAAAUCAUUUAUUUUAUCGUUUUUUUUUUUGUUUCUGCUUCAUGAUUUUAUCUCCGGAUGAAAAUGAGCUUGUUUUGCCAACUCCAGCACAUUUACUUUGAUGAGGAAACGGAAAUGUUGAUGACUGUGCACUCUGUUUCUGUGUCCUACAAUGCCAUAUUAAUCGCCAUGACGAUAUAAUAACCCUUUAACUAUGACCUCUGCCCUUCAUGAAUGAAUGAACAGAAUAGAGCUUUACCCAGUUUACCGCUUCCCACCACGAACUAAAACAGUAGGAUGAAGUUGACCCCGUAGGUACAGUUCUAGGAUCAGCCUCCUCUCCCCCAAUCCCAACCUUAACCAUUAGGGGGAAUAAUCUAAAACUGGCCUUGGGUCAGUGUCUAGGGGGCAACUUCACCCUUGUGAUCAUGUUCUCUAUUGGUUUUGAUGCUACGCUAUUACAUUGCACUUGAUUUGACCGGAUUGUCAUGGAGACACAAAAGGCCGUGUUCCAGAAUGCCUGCAAAGCAGAAGCUUUUAGACAAAUGAACCAAUGAUUGAAUAUGUAAGAUUUGGUGCGAGACUGCAUUGUAGGUGGCCUGGAACAUGGCCAAAUGUAUGAACGAGCGCCAGUGCACUGAUUUAAUAUUUUUUUUGCAAACUGUCAAACCCAGUUUCCAUUCGACUGUUAAGUGUUAUUUUAAAGUGAGAACAUUGUGAAAUUAUGCUCAAGUGCCUUGGGGACUGUAAGUUAUUAUGAGCUGUCAUUCACCAAUAAACUGUUGUUGAAUAAGG